AAGUGCUUUGUCAACUCCUGCCAACUUCGCAUCAACUACCACCAUGUCCGCCACCUCCAAUAACAGCAACAGAAACGCUGCUACUGGAUCAGCAACAACAUCCAGGUUUACGGUGGCACAGGCAACAGGCUUAAAGAACGACAGUUAUACUAUUCCCCGCAACCAUAUGUAAUGUAAAUUAGACUGAGGAGAAAUACAAGAAGCAACAAAUCGAGGCAUCUAAUAAGAAGGGGGACAUGUAUACCAGAGGCGCCAGGCUCACUUACUCGUCAGCUCGAGAUGACAAAUUAUGCAUGGAGAUCGAAGAGCUGUACAGGAAAUCCGUUCCAUCGCGCUUUGUUACAGAUAACCGAAAAAAAUUAAUUGACAAGAUUGUCAACAUACUUCGACGGCAGUAUCCAAGGAUUAAACUGCGAGUUGAGAUGUUUGGAUCGUCUGCCACUGGACUCGAUUUUGCCGACUCUGACCUUGACCUCUGCAUCUUGGUGCCAGAACAGUAUUUCCUCUCGGAUAUCUAUGACAUGAACAACAAGCAGCGUGAACGUAACUCGUACUACAAUAUGUGGAUGCUUGCUGGACUUUUGAAAAGAGCAGGCAUGGUGAAUAUUGCGGCUAUUCCCAGGGCCAAUGUUCCCAUUUGCAAGUUUGAAGACCCCGUUUUACAACUCAAAGCCGACAUCAAUACGCACAAUGAUAUGGGUCUUGAAAACUCAAAAUUGAUCAAAGAAUACACCUUCCUCGAACCUCGCGUGCGACCGUUCUUGUAUGCCAUCAAGACGUUUACCAAGAUGCAUAAAAUCAACGAUUCAUCGGCGGGCACGUUGAGCAGCUAUACCUAUGUCCUGAUGGGCUUAUUUUUCCUCAUGACAUGCUCUCCUCCCGUGAUACCCAAUUUGCAAUGCCUCAACGGUGACAAUGCAUGUGAAAGUGUUACAUGUCGAUCCCGCACCUCUAUACCAAAACUUUCCAUAUAUCGUGGCAAGCCCAAACAAUUCGACGUAUCUUUCCACAACUGUGUCAAAGUUAUCGGUGCCGAUAACUGUGUACCAUCACAAUGUCAACAAAAUUUGCUAGGCAGUACACCUACGUAUUGGCGAUGCCAUAAUACACAAAAUAUUGGUGAACUGCUAGUAGACUUUUUUACCUUUUAUGGCAUGGUUUUCGACUACGAAAGAGCAUUAUCCGUUCGAAGUGGUGCGACGAUCCGAAAACUACCUGCUUGGCGUAAGCGUUGUGAUCUUGCUUUGGAAGAUCCGUUCAUCACUGACAGAAAUGUUGCUAUAAGUUGUUCCAUAGAAGGCUUUAAACUAGUGCUAAGUGAAUUUGAACGCGCUGCUAAGCUUUUAAAAGGAGGCGUAGACUUUGCAAUGGUGUGUAGACCAGCGUAUGAUCCAACGAUAUACCAUGAUGUGCAGAUGGCUGAUCCAUAUCAAAGCAGUCCACAACACCAACAGCGAUACAAUAAUCGACAACGACAACGACAGCAACAACAGGAGGAGCAUAUUAUGCGACAGGAACAAUUAGCACAUGUUAAAGAUACGUACGAUCAUCAUGAACAAAACUUAAAUCCAGUCGACAACAAAGCGUUUUCGAGCAGCAACAGCAACAAAAAAGCACCCUCGCCAUUAUCAUACGCCCCAGCAGCAGCUAUAUCUCAAGAAAAGAAGCACAAUCGUGAUGGAUUAUCGAUUGACCACGAAAGAACCCCGAGUAGCAACGACUCACUACCGACGAUUAUUCCUACGUAUUCUCCUAAGUUUGUCAAAAGUGAAGCAGAGGUGAACACAAAGCAGCAGAAACACACGAUCGAAUUGGAUGCUCGAAAUACGGAGCAGUCGACACCGCAAGAUGAGCUCAGCGAUACAGACUUUGCUUUCGCUCCAUUAUCACAGCAAAAGUCUCUACCAACAGCAAAACAUACCAGAAACAAUAACAAGCAAAAGAUGCACGAACCAGUUAUAUCAACACACAACAUCGAGCCACCGCAACCAGAACAAGUGGUUCCGUCGCGAACGAAUGACGUUAAACAAAGUAACAACAGCUUUCCGUCUGUGGAUGAUGACGAUGUUGACAAAUACUUUACUCCACCAUCAACACUCUUUGCCGAAUCGUCGAGAGGAAGCAGCACAUCCAGAAAACCAAGAGCAUCAGCAAAGGAAGAUCGACUAGUCGGCACUUUGCCCUCGGAUGAUGAAGAAGAGAACGACGAUAAUUAUCACGAUGAUAAUGAUCAGGAUGAUCAGGAUGACUAUGUUGACGGUGAAGAAGAAGAAAGACAACAGCCAUUUACACACAACGAUAUCAAAGGCGACGAUGUAUCUACCGCAGCAUCAGCUGCUACUACUUCUACCACUACUGUCGUCGAUCGGGAAACCUCCGCAUUACCAUUGUCAUCGACCAUGAAUCCGGCAGCAGUAGUAGUGAAAAAGGCAACCAUGAGGCUAUCGGAUAUGCCAUACUAUGUGGACAAGUUGGAUAUUAUCGAUGCGCUUGGGGCGUGUGGUUUUGAAGUGAUUACCAUUCGAAGCGAACUGGUGGCGCAGGACGAGCUUAGUCUGUUUCCAUUGAAAGAAUGGCUCGUUCGCGUCGUUGGCGGUCGCAACCAAGAUUUGCCAGCUUGGUUUGAACUUCAAGACAUGGCCUUGGUACGCUCGUACGAAACAAGACGGCUGGUAGCCUAUCGAAACGUGAUUAUCAAAGCUACCCUUGAUCUUUAAGAUAAUACCACAAGCGCACAUAUCAUACACUAGUUACUCGUUUCUCUACAUCUGUUAGUUCAUUAUGUCAAAGGUAGUGCCAAUCCCUCCUCCAAUUUCCUUGCAUCUCUUCAUUUAAGAUGUGUUGCCGUCUUUACAGUUGCAGCUAAAAGAAAAAAACCAUUUCAAAAACAUAAUAAAAUGUA